GUAAGCUGAAGGGUUGAUGAGGGAGAGAAUGAGCUUACCUAGCUAGCUAGACCUAGCUAGGGUCACUCCCACACAACCAAAAAAAUAAUAAUUCAUUUCAUUCCUCUCUUUUGUUCUUUUGUAAGAUAGAGAGUGUGCCCCUCACCAUUUAUUGCCCCUCUUCUCUAUCUCUUGUCCUUGCUUGCUACUUGCCUCUUCAUCCUCUUCUUCUUCACCCUCCACUCCACUGCUGGUUUUAAGCCAAUCCCCCCCUUAUCUCUCUCUCAUUGCAUCCAACUCUUGCAUUCCCAGCUUCAUCUCCACCUCUCUCAAGCCCUAAUACUCCCUAGCUUGCUUCCCUCUUUCCCAACCACAAAAACUAGGGUUUUCUUAUCCGUGAUCUACUGUUUUUUUGAGUAGCUGAUCUGAAUUUAAAGGGUUGGCAAGUUGGCUGGGAAAUCAACUUGCACAAAGCGAAACCUACUACGCAGCUUUUGUGCUUCCAGAGAGCUGUUAGACCCUAACAAUGGCGGCUUCAUCAUCAUCAUCAUCGUCAACAACAACAAGCAGCAGCAGCAGCGCGUACAACUCACCGUGCGCGGCGUGCAAGUUCCUCCGCCGCAAGUGCAUGCCGGGUUGCAUCUUCGCGCCCUACUUCCCGCCGGAGGAGCCGCACAAGUUCGCCAACGUCCACAAGAUCUUCGGCGCCAGCAACGUCACCAAGCUCCUCAACGACCUCCUCCCCCACCAGCGCGAGGACGCCGUCAACUCCCUCGCCUACGAGGCCGAGGCGCGUGUCCGCGACCCCGUCUACGGGUGCGUGGGUGCCAUCACGUUCCUCCAGAGGCAGGUCCACCGCCUCCAGAAGGACCUCGACGCCGCCAACGCCGACCUCAUCCGCUUCGCCGCCACCAUCCCGGCUGUCGCCCAGGGAAGGCCGCCGUUCGAUCCCUUGGUCAUGAAUAGGAGGAGCGUCGGAGGAGGGUAUUAUGGUAAUAACAACAUGGGGCUGCCGCCGUUCCCUUACGGUGGCGGAGGGCUGCCGUGGAGCGAUGAGGAGGAGGAUCAGAUGAAUGGAAGAGGAGGAGGUGGUGGUGGAAAUAUGUGA